GUCAGCAUGGUAAACAUAACCGCGAAAUCUUCAUGUGCUCAAUGUUGAUAUCGUUUUCUUAAGUUUUUCUUAAAUAAAAACUAAACUAAACUAGAUAACUAUGUCCUUCUUUAUAAAAAACAAGGGUAAACAACCCAAAACUAAUAAAAACCAGAAAAAUCCCAGUAGGAAGCGGAAACUUCCGAAUAAUAACGAAAAAACUAAAAGUUACAAUGUGCCAGCAAGUAAAGACGACGAUAUCACAAGUAGUGAAGAUGAAGACUUUAAUAACAAAGAACAAGAGCACUAUGAGUCUGAAGAUGAUAACGAAACCGCACAGGAGAAGAAACUACGUUUGGCAAAGGUUUAUUUGAAAGAAAUUGAAGCACAAGAACGCAAAAAACGUGAACGUGAAGACGAAGAACAAGACGAGCAGGACGACCACGAUCGUAAAAUCCAACAACGCCUCUUCUACGACCACCUGAAACAAACCGGCCGAUUCCGUUCGUCAGUCGCAGACCAGUACAAAUCCCACAGCAAAAUCUCUUUCCUCAAAGCAAAAGAACACAAAAGCACCAUAACUUGUGUCUGCGUAAGCUCCGACGAUAAGUACUUAUACUCCGGCAGUAAAGAUGGCGGAAUAGUCAAAUGGUCACUGGAAACACACCAAAAACUAUCCUCCUUGCCAUUCAUCAAGAAAAGCGUUGAGAAAGCCUACACAAAAGGACACAGUUCAUCCAUACUAUCACUAGCAUUAUCCCACGAUAGCCUAUUCCUUGCUGUUGGUGACACCUCGUCGAAUAUCCAGAUUUGGAACCCGGAGACAUUCAAACACAUCAAGACACUGAGCGGACAUAAGAAUUCAAUAUACGCGUUGGUGUUUCGUAGAGGUACGCACACGUUGUAUUCGGCUAGUGCGGAUAGAUCGGUGAAGGUGUGGUCGCUGGAUGAGAUGUCCUAUGUGGAGACACUAUAUGGCCACUUGGAUGCGGUGACUGCGAUUGAUGCGUUGGCCAGGGAGAGGGCGGUUACAGCAGGUGGGCGGGAUACGUCGCUGAGGAUGUGGAAGAUUCCGGAGGAGUCGCAGUUGAUUUAUAAUGGCGAUACGGGGAGUAUUGAUGUGGUCAAGUUGGUUAAUGAGGAGACAUUUGUUUCCGGCGGUGAUAAUGGAACUUUAUCACUUUGGGGCGUCAAUAAGAAGAAACCAACAGCAUCUAUAAAAUCCGCACAUGGCAUUGAUGAAACAAAUGAUCAACCUCUAUGGAUUACUGCGCUUGCAGCUUUAGUAAACACUGAUUUAGUAGCGUCAGGAUCCUAUGAUGGCAACAUAAAACUAUGGAAAGUAGGAGACCAUUCAAAGACCCUCACUCAUCUAAUGACAAUUCCAGUCCUUGGUUAUGUUAAUUCUUUAGCUUUCAGCAAUGAUGGAAGCAAAUUAAUCGCUGCGGUGGGCAGUGAACACCGACUGGGACGGUGGAAUGUUGUAAAAUCAGCGAAAAACAGUCUAGUUGUUAUUGAACUAGUUAAAAGUUAAUAAAAUUAAUAAAAUCAUUACAUUAAA